AUGGAUGGAGGAAACCACACUGUACUGUCUGAGAUUGUGUUUCUGGGACUCACUCGCUCUUGGGAGAUCCAGAUCCUCCUCCUGGUGUUCACCUCUGUGCUCUAUGUGGCAAGCAUGACUGGAAACAUCCUCAUUGUGUUUUCUGUGACCACUGACCCGCACCUACACUCGCCCAUGUACUUCCUGCUGGCAUGCCUUUCCUUCAUUGACUUGGGAGCCUGCUCUGCCACUUCCCCCAAGAUGAUCUAUGACCUUUUCAGAAAGCACAAGACCAUCUCCUUUGGGGGCUGCAUCACUCAGAUCUUCUUCAUUCACAUGAUUGGUGGUGUGGAGAUGGUGUUGCUCAUGGCCAUGGCCUUUGACAGAUAUGUGGCCAUUUGUAGGCCUCUGCACUACCUGACCAUCAUGAACCCACGGAUAUGCAUUUUGUUUCUGGUGGCUGCCUGGGGCCUUGGCAUUAUUCACUCACUGUUCCAGCUGGCCUUUCUUAUUAAUUUACCCUUCUGUGGUCCUAACGUGAUGGAUGGUUUUUUCUGUGACCUGCCUCGGCUUUUCAGACUGGCCUGUACCGACACUUACAAAUUGCAGUUCAUGGUCACUGCCAAUAGUGGGUUUAUCUGUGUUGGCUCCUUCUGUGUCCUUCUCAUCUCAUAUGUCUUCAUCCUGUUCACUGUCUGGAAACGCUCCUCAGGCAGUUUGUCCAAGGCCCUGUCCACAAUGUCAGCUCACAUCACUGUGGUCAUUCUUUUCUUUGGUCCAACACUUUUUGUUUACACAUGGCCACACCCCAAUUCCCAAAUGGACAAGUUUCUUCCUCUCUCUGAUGCAGUUUUCACUCCUUUUCUGAAUCCAGUCAUCUACACAUUGAGGAAUAAAGAGAUGAAGGAAGCAAUAAAAAGAGUGUGCAAGUUACUGGUGAUUUAUAAAAUCUCAUAA